AUGAGCACAUCUACCCUCCCCCCCGCAACCCCCACGUACAUCCUCCGCGGCCACGCAACCCCAAUACACGCGCUCCAAAUCUUCCACAAAAACCUGCGCCUCGUCUCUGGCGACGCCGACGGCUGGAUCGUCGUCUGGGAUCUCAUCUUCAAGCGGCCUGUAGCGGUAUGGAAGGCUCAUGAGGGGGCUGUUCUUGAGGUCAAGGGGUUUGCACUUGGGGAUGGGCGGGUGACGGAGGUUUUUACACAUGGGAGAGACCAUAAACUCCGCGUGUGGAGGUUUCGAGUGCAGGAUGAGGAAAUCUUGCAGAAGACACUCCCUGUCGACGCGGAGGGAAAGGAUACAGCAAGCGCAUCCCAGCCAUGGCUCAUCCACUCGCUCCCCGUCAACGCGCUGAAUUUCUGCGCGUUCUCUAUGCUCUCUCUCAACGGCACCACUCCUCCCAAACCUGAAUCAUCUUCAAUCAAAAAUGAAGAUGAAAAAGGUACCGAUAACACCGAAACUCCACCCACGUUAGCCCUCCUCGCCGUCCCCAACGCCCUAGACUCCGGCGCAAUCGACCUCUUCCAUCUCCCCGCCGAGCGCAGAAUCUGUACGAUUCCUACAGAUCCUGCUGUAAAAACUGGGAUGGUUAUGGCUGUGCAUUUACUCAGCUCAGCUUCUUCUCCGUCGUCAUCAUCGAAUGAUCUCUAUGUUGCUGCGGCCUAUGAGGAUGGGCACGUUAUGCUCUUCGGGUGUCGCGGGGCACUCGCUCGACAGGACCUUGGCAGCGGCGCAAAGGGAAAUAGCGGAUCAAGCACCUGGAAAUGGGAGAAACUUUACGCCUCACACCCCCAUUCACAGCCCGUGCUAUCAAUCGACGUCGCGCCCUCGGGGGAGUACUUCCUCUCCUCGUCCGCGGACGCGCUGCUGAUCAAACAUCCACUCCCGAGGUUUGGAAUGGCAGCGUCGGGGUCAUUGUCCAGCGAGACGCCCUCGAAGAGUGUCCAUACGAAACACGCGGGACAACAGGGUCUACGCAUCCGCGAUGACGGGAAGAUCUUCGCGACGGCGGGGUGGGACUCGCGGGUACGCGUUUACUCGGCCAAGACGAUGAGGGAGCUUGCUGUGCUCAAGUGGCAUAAGGAGGGGUGUUAUUGUGUUGCGUUUGGUAGUGUUGCGAGUCCGGGUGCGGGUGCAGGUGCGGGUACGGGUUUGGCUUCGACAGAGACUUCAACUGGGGAGGCGGGAGACGGAGCUGGGAGACCCUCUGGCUCUGAAGUUACGGAUGAGGAGGAGGGGACAGUCACCCGCCGCGACGAGAAGGAAUAUACCCUCGCGCAGGUCCAGCGACAGCGAAGCGACAAAGUUCAGAAUACGCACUGGCUAGCCGCCGGCUCGAAAGACGGAAAGAUCUCAUUGUGGGAUAUCUAUUGA